AUGGGAUUGGCUGGACCUAAAGUAAAGCAAAGACUAUCAGCUGAUCCAAGAAAUCUUUCUUGGAGUAAUGAUGAAACAAAAUUCGGAUACAAGAUGUUAUCAAAGAUGGGCUGGUCGCCUGGUAAAGGCUUAGGUGCAAAGGAAGAUGGUAAAAACGAACAUAUAAAACUUUCCAUUAAGCAAGAUAAUUUAGGUGUAGGAGCAACUAAAAAAACCAUGGAUAAUUGGUUGGAAAACACAAAUGCUUUUGACCAGUUGUUAAAAGGAUUGAAUCAACAAGUAGAAGAAAAUCUUGUAGUAAACUUGUUUAAGGGUGAAGAUGGAGAUAAUGUUAAUUUGGAUGAUAAAAAAAAUAGCAAACUGUUAAAAAUUGGUAAAAAAAAGAAAGUAAAAAGGAAUUGCAAUGUUCAUAAAUCUAUUGAUGAUCCAUCUAAUAAAAAUAUUUCUUUUGUACGUCUGGCCGGACUUUACAUCAAUAAAGUUAAAUUUAGAGGGAAGAAAGAUUCAAAUCUUAUAGGAAUUCAAACAACAGUUAAUCAAAUGAACACUCAAGAAUACUUUGCAAAUAAAUUAAAAUUUAUGAACAUUUCAGGAAUUGCAAGCAAUGGUUCAGCAAUACAUGUGUUGCUCAAAAUUGGUUCAAUUUCUUUGUAUCGUCGGUGGACAGACUUAUACUCCCCCAAAACACAAGAACUACGCGUCAAGGCCGAACAACUGUUAGACAACGCCUUUCCAACCUUUUCUGAAACCAUUUCGUCGCGCACCAAUGGGACUACUUCGAAUGUCAGUCCUUUGAAUGUCAGUCCUUUAGGUGUUAAAAUCCUAUCUCCUGUUGAUACUUCAAUGUGUUGUCGGUGGCUACUAGAAAAAUCAAAUUCACCUUAUGCCCUAAUGUUUGCUUCUGCGAGAUUAAAGAGUCUGGUCUUGGAUCAUUAUUCAAUGUUUACUGCGCAACAGAAAUUAGAAUUAAGAAAUUUCAUAUUGAAUUAUAUGUUUCAAAAACCAAAUCAACCUCCUUUCAUUUUAUCUUCACUUGCACAGCUUUUCGCAACAAUAUCAAAAGUCGGAUGGUUUGAUGGCGAUGAAUUUAAAAAUAUUAAGAGCGAUUUAACUAAUUUUAUUCAGGCUACAUAUGAACAUAGAAUUAUAGGUUUACAAAUUUUAGGUAUAGUGGUUGUUGAAUUUAAUCAACCUUCUUCAAGGAAUUUAGCAAGACAAAGAAAGACAGCCAUUGGGUUCAGAGAUGCGGAAUUAUUGGAUAUUUUUCGGUUAGGGUUGGAUGUUUUGCGACAAAUAUUAAGUGGAGAAAUGCAAUCUACAGAUGAAAACCAAGAAUGUAGAAUGAAAGAUUAUUGUUUGACAUUGCUUCGCAAUUGUUUGGCAUUUGAUUUUAUUGGUACAUCACCAGAUGAAUCCGGAGAAGACGUUGGAAGUAUUCAGGUCACAACACAAUGGCGGUCCACAAUAGAAGAUCCGACCUUUUUACAAAUGAUGUUUGGAAGUUAUAAACGAUUUCAGUCGCCAUAUUCAAGUCAUGUUAUGGAAGUUCUAGUACAAAUAUCUUCAAUCCGUCGUUCACUUUUCAAUGAGGAAGAACGUUCUAAAUUUAUUACUUCUCUAAUGAAAGGGAUUAGAGAAAUACUAGUUUCAUCUAUAGGUUUAGAUGAUUUAAACAAUUACCAUGAAUUUUGUCGCCUUCUUUCUAGAUUUAGAUCUACUUACCAAUGGAGCGAAAUUGCUGAGAAAACUGAAUACAGUGAAUGGAUUGAUUUGGUAGCUAGAUUUUCUAUAAAGGGCUUUGAGAAUUGGCAGUUGGUUCCAAACAGCGUGCAGUAUUUACUUGCAUUUUGGUCGAAAAUGCUUUCAUCCAUGGGUAGUGCACGAAGUCUUUCUGUAAAUAGACUUGAGCUAAUUGCAUCUGAGUUAACUUAUGCAUACGUUACUUCAAAAAUUGAGUCGGUCGAAUCAGUGAUAGAGGGAGUAGUAGAUGACCCAUUAGAAAACGAAGAAGCAUUGAUGAAUGACUUAGAGAUGUUUGCUAUUAUUGCUAGGUGUAAAUACACUGAUUCAAAGACAGCCAUAACUAUUUCUGGAAUUUCUGCUAAUAACUUAAUGCAAGAAUUAGACGUUAUUGAAACAAAAUUUGCAUGGUUAGUGUAUAUGAUUGGUGGUUUGAUCGGUGGCAGACAAACAUAUAGCAGUACAGAAGAUCAAGAUAUCAUUGAUGGUGAAUUAACAUGUAAAGUUUUACAACUAAUGAGCGCUAAUCAAUCGUGGAAUGCGCCGCGAGGUAGUGGAAACGGAUGUGAAAAAUUAGAACUGUCUUUUGUAUAUUUUUUCCAACAAUUUCGAAAAAGUUAUAUUGGUGAAAGUUCUCAAAGAAUUUCUAAAGUUUAUAGUAAAUUAUCUGAGAAUCUUGGAAUAAAUGAUCAAAAUAUGCUUCUUGAGAUUAUUGUAAGGAAAAUAGCAACAAAUCUCCAAACGUGGGGUGAUAGUUCAAGUAUUGUUAAACAAAGUGUGACAUUGCUUAAUGACUUGGCUGGAGGUUAUAGUUCAGUUAGGCUUUUACGCAAAAUUGAAACCACUCAAUUGAUUGUUAGAAAUCAUACAGCAAAAAAUUUUUCUUUUCUCAAUGUUAGCGAUAAUUUAAGAAUACGUAUGGUAUAUUACUCUGCUCUUUCAAGAAUACUUUUUGCAGCAGAAGAUAAUAUAGAAAGAGAUUUUGAGGAAUUUGUCAAACCAUGGGACGAUACAUUAAAAGAACUUCGUAUUCUUUAUAAUGCUUUAGAAGCAUGUUCUAAUGAUACUCUUUCUGUAACUUUUCUCAAAUUUUUUCUCGAAUUUGUAAAUAAUCGUUCUACAAGAUUAAAUUUCGACAUUUCAUCUCCAAAUGGGAUACUGAUAUUUCGACGACAUGUUAAUAAUCAUACUUUCAUCACCCAAGAUAAAUAUACAGAAUUUAUAUCGGUUUGUUUUAACAUCUUGACAAAAUCUUUUGCUGGACGUUAUGUUAAUUUUGGUGUUUUUGAAUUAUAUGGCGAUAAAGCUCUCGAGAUUGCUUUAAAUACAUCAUUUGAUAUGAUCCUUAGGGUUUCAAUUGAUGAUUUACUUCAAUCAUCUAGGUCAAAACCUAAACCACAUUGGCUUCUUACUUAUCUAAGUCGUUUUCCAGAUAUAUUACGCUAUUUAUUUGUAGUGAACUUUAAUGUAGUGUUAUUUGAAGAACGACAAAAUCAAUGGUCUCUGUCACGUCCUUUAUUAUGUCUAAUAUUACUUAACAAAGAUGUAAGGGCUCUUUCAACUCUUAUGGAUGAUGUUGAAUCUAAUUUAGCUUCUAAAAAUCGAGAUAGAUUUACUCAAAAUCUCACUACUUUUAAACGAGAAUUAACAAAUGAAAACGCUAUAUUGGUUCAACCACCAUUAGAUCCAAGUUUAUCCAUGUAG